AAUAAAACAUUUUUCACCAGUGACCAAGAUUGAUUUCUUGGACUGACUCUUAAAUUUUAUUUAUUAGACAUAAAUAUUCCAAAAAAAAAAAAAACAGGCAUUUUAGAAUCCUUUCUGUCUCAGUAGCAUAGCCAAAAGCAACCGCCAUGGGAAUCGUCGGAAAUCUCUCUCCAGAGCAGCUCCACUCUUUCAACUCUCAAGGUUUUUUUGUGAUGGAAUCAUUUGCGAGCCCUGAAGAAAUUGGAGCUAUGAGAAAGAGAAUGGACGAAUUGCUUCAAGACUUCGACCCCUCCACCACCGCUUCUAUUUUCUCCACCAAAAAUCAGCUAAAGUUGACCAGUGAAUACUUCUACGAAAGUGCUGAAAAGAUUUCCUUUUUCUUUGAAGAAAAAGCAUUUGAUGAUGAUGGAAACUUAAAGCAAUCCAAGGAACUUUCUAUUAAUAAAGUUGGGCAUGCAUUACAUGAGAUUGACCCAGUGUUCAAAGAAAUCUCUUGCUCACAAAAAGUUUCUAGUUUGCUAUUCUCCUUAGGUUACAAGAGGCCAGUGAUCAUUCAGUCAAUGUAUAUUUUUAAGCAACCAGGUAUAGGAGGUGAAGUAACUCCACACCAGGAUAACUCUUUUCUUUAUACUGAACCUAAAAGUUGCACCGGGCUGUGGCUUGCUCUAGAAGAUGCAACAAUUGUAAACGGCUGCCUUUGGGCCAUUCCUGAAUCUCAAAAAAAUGGCCUUGUUAGAAGGUUCAUUAGGGGUGAAGAUGGAGUGUACUUUGAUCAGCCUUCCCCUUCCUAUGACCAGAAGGAUUUUGUGCCUAUUGAAGUGAAAGCUGGGUCUUUGGUUGUAAUUCAUGGUGAUCUUAUUCAUCAAAGUUUUGAAAAUCAAUCUCCAAAAUCAAGGCAUGCAUACAGCUUGCAUGUGGUAGAUACUGAUGGCUGCAAGUGGGCAGAAGAUAAUUGGAUCAAAAGAAAAGUGGAGCCAGAGCCCCUCUACGCAUCUUGAUCAGACUCGAGAGUUUUUAUCUCUGGUUGUUGCGUGGGGCGUUAAUGCAUGUCUCUAAGCAAAAUUGUUUAUACUAAGUUCCAGUUUGUGUAUUAUAAGAUCGUGCUCGCCACACACUUGCUACUGAAAAACCAAAAUGGCCGGGCCCUUUUAAUGUUCCUUCAGCUACAUUUCGAUGUUUAUUGACAUCUCGACAAAAUAAUAAUACACUUCACAAAAAUUAAAUAGCCAGAAGCCUAGCUUGAAUGCUUUUUGGUGUU